AGCGCUACGUCCGCAAAGGUGUCCCGCUGGAGCACCGCGCCCGCGUCUGGAUGGCGCUGAGUGGAGCCCAGGCCCAGAUGGACCAGAACCCCGGCUACUACCACCGCCUGCUCCAGGGAGAGGGGGACCCCGGCCUGGAGGAAGCCGUCAGCACAGACCUGAACCGGACCUUCCCAGACAACGUGAGAUUCCGGAAGACGGCAGAGCCCUGUCUGCAGAAGGCCCUGUACAACGUGCUGGUGGCCUACGGGCGGCACGACCGCGGCGUGGGGUACUGCCAGGGAAUGAACUUCAUAGCAGGGUACCUGAUUCUGGUCACGAAGGACGAAGAGGAGUCGUUCUGGCUGCUAGACGCGCUCGUCGGGAGGAUUCUGCCCGAUUACUACGGCCCCGGGAUGCUGGGCCUCAAGACCGACCAGGAGGUCCUCGGGGAGCUGGUGAGGGCGAAGCUGCCGGCGGUGGGGGCCCUGCUGGACCGGCACGGCGUGCCCUGGGCCCUGCUGGUGUCCCGCUGGUUCAUCUGCCUCUUCGUGGACGUCCUGCCCGUGGAGACUGUGCUUCGGAUCUGGGACUGCUUGUUCAACGAAGGCUCGAAGAUUAUCUUCCGGGUGGCCCUGACCUUAAUUAAGCAACACCAGGCGUUGAUUUUGGAAGCCACCGGCAUCCCAGACAUCUGUGACAAGUUCAAGCAGAUCACCCAAGGCAGCUUUGCGAUGGAGUGCCACACGUUCAUGCAGAAAAUAUUUUCAGAGCCCGGAAGCUUAUCCACGGCAGCUGUGGCCAGGCUGCGGGAACGCCACAGGGCCCAGCUGCUGGCGCGGGGGUGACCGCGGCCCCGACGGAGCUUCACGUCCAGAGCCGACAGGGGACCCGUGCUCACUGCUUUCCUUCGGAGUGUUGUAAAUACUUGGUGUCACUACGCUUUAGCUGUGAGUUUUUUAAGAGUAAUUUAAAAUCACGUCACUCUACAACCUUUAGAUUAUUAGUUAGAAAUCUGGCUUCA